AGUAUUGAAAACGAUGUCAAAAUUAAUUCUAAAUUUAGUGUAAAUACAUAACAAAACACAUAAAUUAUUUUGUGCUGAAAUCUAUGCAUUGUUUUCAUUCAAACAAAUAACUUAAACACAGCACGAUGGCGGAGAAGUGCGAGAUAAAUCCCAGUGAUGGUGCCAGUUCCCCAAAACGGGAGGAUGCAGCUAGUGGUAAUUGGUGGGACUCCUGGAUAUCUUCCGCUAAAACAAAGUCGGCAGAGGUGUACACUAUGGUGAAAAAAGAUCUUGAUGAAAUAGGAUCAGCAGUGAAGAGUGAAGCCAGUCACGUUUUUAGCUCAACUUCUAAUGUUAUCGGAAAAACUUUGAAGUUGGACAGUCCAGAAUCAACUGCUAAUGUUAUGAAAAAAAGUUUAAGCAGUUUUAUUGGUCAAGUGAGCACAGUAUUGAACCCUGAACCUGAUGAUGAAGAUGAUACAGAAGUAAUUCUGUCUUCAGGGGACACAACCAUGUUGUCGACAUAUAAAAAAGAACUAGAAGCCCUCCAACGCGUAGACGCCACAUACAUCGUCCCAGCGUACAGUCCAGAGUUCGAUGCCUGGCGUUCAAGUCUUGAGAACCCAGAGUCGGUUAUAGCUCCAUCCUCAGCCAUCCGCCGUUUGGAGACCAACCCUAUAUUGAAGGCAGAGUAUGAGAAGCUCGUACCUGAUGCUGUGUCAAAUGAAGACUUUUGGGAAAGAUAUCUGUUCCGCGUGGCAUUAUUGCAAGAUCGACUGGCAGCAGCAUCACGUAAACAACCGAUAGAGGAAACAACUGAGGACCCUGUGUUGGCCCAUUUGCCACUACAGACACCCAUAGAACAAAGCCCAAAAAAAGUUCUCUCUGACAUCACCAUAGAGCAGAACUACGACAGUCCAGAACCAGAAGACACUGUCGUCACCUGGGAAGAUGAAGAUUUCGCAAAUGAUGUAGAACUGACAGAAGAGCAACAAACUCUACUCCUAGAGGAAUACGAGAGAGAGAUUGCUUCUAAAAAAUCUAAACCCUCUCGGGAUGUCACAAACAAUAACACUAAAAAAGACGAAACAGAGACCAUAGACACACAAAAUAAUAGGACCACAGACAAAAAACGCAGCAUAGGCAAAAAAAAUAAAAAAAAAUCACCAAAUAAGGGGAAGACUGAUGAAUGCGGUAACAAUUUAGUUGAAGAUUAUUUCGGAGAUAAAGACCAGACUAAAGAUGAUGCGAGUGCAAAUUCUGAUGGAAGUUGGGAAAAAGAGUUUGAAUUGGAAGAAACGAUUGAACAGAAAGCCUGAUUUCUGGCUUACAUAGCUUCGGUGUAUGCGUCGAAAUAGCGAUUUAUCAUCGACAGUGAACAGAUUAAAACAAAUAUAAAGAGAUCGCAGACAAAAAAAAGCAUAAUACCACACAAUAGUUAAAAAAAAUGGACCAUAGACCAACCAGUGCUCUAUCAUUUUAUAGUAAGGUUGUGCGUAUCAACGUGUCUCAAUAAAUAAUCAAAACUAUUGCCUGUACAUUGUAAUGACUAGAUUUUUUAAAUCUUAUGUUCUUAUGUUUAACAGAUGAAAAAAACCAGAACCAAAAAAAAAACUGAAAUUGCGUAUCUAGACUAGACUAUAUUUACAACAAAAAAAAACACUACAACUACAAGAACAAUAGUAUAUUAUUGUAAUUUCGUAUACGUGUAAAUUCAAAACGAUAAGUUUUUUAGCAAAUUAUAUGUUUAAGUAAAAUUUACAGUCAAUAUUUCUUAACCUUAAGUUUAUUUAAAAGUACAGAAAUGCUUGUGUUUUAUAAAACCAUAACUGGCCUUCUUCCUUUCAAACUACAUCACCUGGUAUACAAAAUAAAUAAUGUGUAAAAUUAACUAAAUAAUGGAUUUAAUUG